CCAAUAGGCUUCGCCAUAUUACUGUACUUCACCCGGAACGUCGGCCUCUAGCCCAGGUAGACGGGACGUACUGCAGGAAGAGCUGAAGUCUCCUUGCAUCCUCCAUCAUGGCGAUGAACAACUCCGCUAACAUUCUGAGCUCAGCCUACCUGGCUGUGGAGUAUGUAGAUGCUGUCCUGCCAGAAAACCCCUUCCAGCCUCCCCUGAAACACGCCUGGGACUACAUGCUGGACAACUACACUAAGUUCCAGAUUGCAACCUGGGGCUCACUAAUAGUCCAUGAGUUAGUCUACUUCGUUUUAUGUUUGCCGGGCUUUUUAUUCCAGUUCCUUCCCUUCAUGCAAAAAUACAAGAUCCAACAGGACAAGCCAGAGACUAUGGAGAAACAGUGGCGAUGCUUCAAAAUGCUUCUUUUUAACCAUUUUUGCAUCCAGUUCCCUUUGAUCUGUGGAACGUACUACUUCACUGAAUUCUUCAGCAUCCCUUAUGAUUGGGACUCAAUGCCACGCUGGCCGUACCUCUUAGCCCAGUGCUUCGGCUGUGCUGUUGUCGAGGACACCUGGCAUUAUUUCCUCCAUCGCCUGCUGCAUCACAGACGGAUCUACAAAUACAUCCACAAAGUUCACCAUGAAUUCACAUCUCCAUUUGGUAUGCAAGCUGAAUAUGCUCAUCCUGCUGAGACGAUUAUCCUGGGUGCUGGUUUCUUCAUUGGUAUCAUGAUCUUCUGUAACCACGUGUUCCUGCUGUGGGCUUGGGUCACCUUCCGCCUGCUGGAGACCAUUGAUGUGCACAGUGGCUACGACAUUCCCCUGAACCCGCUUCACUUGAUCCCGUUUUACGCUGGCGCCCGUUUCCAUGACUUCCACCACAUGAACUUCGUUGGGAACUACGCCUCCACCUUCACCUGGUGGGACAAGCUGUUCAACACCGAUAGCCAGUACAAUAAGCACAUGCAAAAGGAAGGAGACAAGAAGGAGCAGUAAACAGAGCAAGUCUCCUUAUAUAUUCACUCUAAGGGAGCCACGAGGACACAAACUGAAACAACGAUGCACAAAAACUGAUUCAGUGUUUGGUUCUGAGUCAGACGACAUGUUCACAUCAACCAUUUGUGCCUGAAUGGAAUAAGUUGGCGGCUGAAUAAAGAUGAUUAACUUCCUGACGUUUUUUUUUUUUUUUUGCUUGUCACCAAAUGAAAAAAAAAGUUGAUCACAUGACUGUUGUGAAAUGCUCCUGUUUACCUCUGAAUGUUUCAGCACUUUUGCACUUCUCCUUAAGUUGACCGUAACAAACAUGUUGUAACUUCCUUCAGUUUAUUAUCAGUGUAAUGACAACUUUCUGAAGUGAAUGCUGCCUUUUGAAAGAAUGAGGAAAAGGGAAUUGGCUUGUAAAGCUCUUCCAAAAUGUUCAUGUCUAUUUUUUUAUUACUAUAAAAUCAUGAAAUGCUUUUAAAAUUCAAACAAAAAAUGACUUUUUAUUGUUUCUCUUUUCUGUGUUUGUAACAUUAAAUUAAAUAUAAAAUAAGUAGUUAUAUGUGGUUGCAUUUGGCCAAGAAGAAUCUGAACGUGUGUCUCUGGAACUGAUGUUAUUAUAGAUGCUCACAAAUACAGAACAUGGCUACAAA